UUUAACUGGGUCUUUGGAGGAAUCAGCAGAGAAGCAUCAGAUCACUGAAAGGACUGAGACAAAUCUGAGUGUCUGAGAAGAAAGACAGUACCCAGACCCACAGGGAGGCUGUAUAAGUUGUUUUGAAGGAUCAUGAAGAGGCUCUUCCCUUUUUUAUUUACCGUGGUAUUUGCGGCAUCCACACAGUCCCCGUUCAGUCCGCAAUUCAUUGAGGAACUCGGAUCGGACAUUGGAAUCCAAGUGUUUAACCAGGUGGUGAAGACCAAACCUCAUGAAAAUGUGGUUAUGUCACCUCAUGGGAUUGCAUCUGUUCUUGGCAUGCUUCAGUUAGGGGCAGACGGGAAGACCAAGAAGCAGCUGACAACUGCCAUGCGAUAUAAAGUGAAUGAGGUUGGAAAGAUACUAAAGAAGAUUAACAAGGUGAUUGUGGCGAAAAAAAAUAAAGAUAUCGUUACAACGGCAAAUGGAGUGUUUGCCAAUAGCGGACUCAAAUUUGAGCCUUACUUUGAAUCCAAGAAUAGAGAAGUCUUUCACAGUCAAGUAAAAAGUGUUGACUUUCAAGAAAAGGACACAGCUGCCUCCACUAUCAACCAGUGGGUGAAAAAUGAGACAAAGGGAAUGAUCGAGGAUCUGAUUUCUCCUGAGUUAUUGGACAGCUCAUUGACGCGUAUGGUAUUAGUCAAUGCACUGUAUUUUAAGGGACUGUGGAAAUCUCGUUUUCAGCAUGAAAACACGAAAAAACGCACAUUUCAUGGACCAGAUGGCAAAACUUACCAAGUCCCGAUGCUGGCCCAACUAUCCCUGUUUAGGAGCGGUUCAGCAAGUACGCCCAGCGGCCUCUGGUACAACGUAAUAGAGCUGCCCUAUCAUGGUGGGAGUCUCAGUAUGUUGGUUGCAUUGCCGACGGAUGAGAGCACACCACUGUCUGCCAUAAUUCCUCACAUUAGUACUAAAACUUUGCAAAGUUGGAUGACUAUGGCUCCGAAGAGAGUUCAGUUAAUUUUGCCCAAGUUCACUGUCGAAGCCGCGACUGAUCUGAAAGGACCUCUUAAAAACCUGGGUAUUACAGACCUGUUUGAUUCAUCAAAAGCUAACUUCACAAAGAUCACAAGAUCGGAGCACCUUCAUGUUAGCCACUUGCUGCAGAAGGCCAAAAUAGAAGUAAAUGAGGAUGGCACUAAGGCAGCAGCAGCAACAACUGCCGUUUUGAUAGCAAGAUCAUCACCACCCUGGUUUAUUGUGGACAGACCCUUUUUAUUUUUUAUCAGGCAUCACCCUACAGGUGCUGUGUUGUUCACAGGACAAGUAAACAAGCCUUAGAGAGACAAUGAAGACUUGACAUGUGAAACUCAUCUUGAUUCCAACAUUUAGACAUUUGUACAUUACUCUAGUUCCUGUGAAUUUUCCAUUUUAAAUGGAGAAAUUUUAAUUGUGCUUGUAACUUUUUAAAAUUAUUUUAUAUAUAAUUUUGAUAACUGUAUUUGACGGUACAAUUAUGGUUCUUUUGGGGUUGUUUAACUACUGAAAGUAUUUUUUUUUUAUUUUUUUU